AUGCCAUCCUAUGCCAAGGUUUUUAAGCCAUCCUAUGCCAAAGUUUUUAAGGAGAUACUCUCCAACAAAUUGAAAUUACAUGUCUAUGAGACAGUGGCCUUAACUGAAGAAUGCAGUGCAAUAUUGCAAAAUAAAUUACCCCCAAAGAUGAAAGAUCCUGAAAGUUUCUCUAUACCUUCCCUCAUAGGUAACAUGAAGAUUGACAAAGCCCUUUACGACCUAGGAGUAAGUGUUAGUCUUAUGCCCCUAUCCAUCUGUCAGAAGCAAAAUGUUAGAGAGCUGAAGCUAAAUACUAUCUCUUUGCAAUUAGCAAAUAGAUCUGUCAAGUAUCCGAUUGGAAUUCUAGAGAACAUUCCAAUAAAGGUUGGCAAAUUCUUCAUACUUGUUAACUUUGUUGUAUUAGAGAUGGAAAAAGAUGUCCAAAUUCCUAUAAUCUUGGGAACACCUUUCUUAGCAACUGUAGGAAACAAUAGAUGUUAA